GUCCGUUGCACGCCAUUGGCCAGUGGAUAGUUCCGUGUCCAAAAGACCAAAGCCCAUAAUCGCAAUUGUGAUAUUUGCUUUUGUCCACAUUCCUGUCCUUGACUUAGUUGUCUCUCGCGUCACAAACACACAACCAACUUCCCUCCACUUCUCUCCAAAAUCCACAUCCUCGACAUCCUCAUCCCAACGCCGACGCCACACAACAAGCGAAUACACGUCAAGAAGCACCAAACACACACCAGACAUGUCGCCUCUCUCGGUGCCCAAGAUCUUCAUGGCUGGCGGCGCCGCCGGCUUCGGCUACUACCUCUACAUGCGCCAAUACUGGUUCCCGAACCCGUACAAGACACAAGGCGUACAGAACAUUGAAGAUCGCUUCUCUGCUGGCGGUGGCCACCCUACGCAUCAACCUGCUGCUGCUAGCGAGCGUGGUACGGGUUCGUCCACGAACAACGAAGGAAGGCACCUAGGUCCGAACAAGGGCCCAGACUCAGAGUACUUCAAAGCCAACAUCAGCAGUCAACAGAGCGAGCCCGUUUGGCCGGAUAAGUUCUACGAGCAACAAUAUAAUAACCCAAAGGGCAAAUGAGCGCCACCAUUCUCAUCGACAAGAUACACAAAAGCAUGGCAUUGCAUGGGCUCCGAGAUAUGGGCAUUUGAUGUGUGACAUCCUUGGCGUUUGGCACAUGUGUGAUGCACAUUGGUUUUCUGUAUAUUUCCACAUCUUUACACAAGGUCAGCUGUACUUGGAUAUUCGAAAUUUUGCCAAAAUACAAUCUUUUUAUUUGUUGAACGCCUGUAUCUACAACAUAUACGUCUACAUUUUGGCAUCCGUCUUCCUCCUCGCCGCAGUGUUCCUGCUAGCAUCCAUCACAAAUCCCACAUGAUGACUCAAGGCGACCAGAUCCCCGUAGGCAUCAUACACCCAAACUUCCAGGUCCAUUCUGCCAUUCUGCACCUUCUUAAUCUCGACUCGAAUCUGUAGCCAUUUGACACCCUGUGGCGGCAGCGCCUUCUUAACAUCUAGAUUGAGCAAGAGUGUCGGAUACCAGAACGGGCCUUGGUUCUUGUCUCUGAAGUUUUCCACCAUCUGCGGAAACAUAUCUGAAACAAAACCAAUAGACGAGUCUGUGAAAUUGCUACCGUCGGAGAAACAGAUCCAUUCGUCUGCUGUAGACCGUGCAACCUGGCCGUUGCGAGGAAAGUGAAAUUUGACCUUUGAAGUCGCCUUUCUAAACUUUGCAAAAGGCAUCUUCGGAUACAAUGCCCAUGUGGGAUCCUCAUUCUUUUCUAGUUUCGCCAAAUCGACAGAGGGUAUCGGCGGCGAGGGCUUGUAUUGCGUGUCAAAUGUGAAGCCAGUCUCGACAUCCAUGUUGGAGUUUGUGACGUAGGCGAUGAUUUCUUGACGCCCAUCUUGCUCCAUGCUGACGUGCACAAUCGAAGUUUGGCGCCCGAGCUUCACAUCCUCAACCUUGAAGGUUGCGGGCCCGACCUGUGUUCGUCGUAAAAACUCGACAUGCAGGGC